CCCCACAGGCCUCCUCACUCAGAAGUCUUUGAAGGACGCAUGUCAAGCACAGGAUGUGUGCUUCUUCCUACUGUAAACAAGCAAGUCUCUAAAAAUAUUCAUGAGAUUUUUGUACUAGGGAAAAAGAAUAAUAUUCCACUGAACUGAAGACCACAUAUGAUACAGGGGAAGGACGCUGGAAAUAAAGCUCCAUACAUAACUCAGUACCAGUAAAUCAGCAUGUUAACUAGGUUAAUUCACAACCAUCCUACCACCAACUACCUAGCACGAGACUCUCAUCAACCUGCAGCCGGAUCCCAGGUGGUCCCAGUGGCUGCAUUCAUUGAAUACAGCCUGAGCAAUACUCCCGCUCCACUCUUCACUCUGCUGACCCUGUAUGCUGUGAAUUCUGCCCUAGCUCCAAACCUCUUGGUACAAAGGAACUCUCUACGUUUAGUUCUCUUGACAACUACCUACUAUAAGAUGAAGUUUCCAGGAACUCAUGUGAUCAUGAGACUCUGCAGUCACUUCAAGGGGUCUUGUUGGCUGGCUCAGGGGGGCUGGUGUCAAGCCCAAGCAGAAGAGCCCUCAGAGCAAGCAGCCCUGCUUCUGUGGAUUCUGGGCAGCAUCAUCACCAGGCGGGUCCUUCAGAGUACUGGGAGCAGCAUGCAGCCCGAUAGAGUUGGCAAACGUGAAUCUACUAGAAGAUUGACAUGGAGAUCAACAACAGGAUGGUGGACCUCAUGGCCCCCACGGCCUCUAAGGAAUAAGACCCCCGGACCACCAGCCCCAGCAAAAACACUAGAGGAAGAGAGAGGCCCUCGGCUGCUGGGGAGUCCCUGACGCGUCCAGUUCCCUACCACACUGAGAAUCUCCCCUCCCUGCAAUUUCCAUGCAGACCCCCUGAAAAGGGAAGAGCCUUGGAAGCCCCACCUUGUCAUCUACCAUCAAUAAAGUCCCCUAUGCUCAGCC